CCGGCCCACAUAUGUUUUGAAAAGACAGCGGUGAGGCCGUGAGUCAGUAUUGUAGUCGGCGAUUCCAUCGUCAUUAGAAGUCCCCUUUCACAAGCACUACGGUAAGAUGGCAGCGAGGAAAUUCGUUGGACUUUUUAUAAUAAUUUCGUGUAUAACAAUAGGAUCUUGUCUGCAGUGUUACAGUUGCGUUCGCGAAGACAAAUCAGACGCUGGAGAAUUCUGCAAGUUUCCAUCAUCAUCUGAACUGGGAGAGAACACUAUUGUCAACUGCAGUGAGGGUCAGAAUCGGUGCAUGAUCACAAAAAUGACUCAAGAUAAUAACGAAGUUACGCUUUUUAAGCGAGAAUGCGCCAAAGAAGGAGAUUGUUCGAACAGUUGCACAGAUCCAGAUGAACAGAUGAAAGAUGUUGUAUGCGACUCCUGCUGUGAAGAGGACCUCUGCAACAAAGGAGAAGGACCGGUACCUGAGGCGGCCAAAAAGUCAGGAGCAUCGCGGAUAGCAGUGAUCAGGGGCCUAUACACUAUCGCGGGCUCCCUUUCGUGGUUCCUUUGGUAACUUUGUCGUGACCGCUGCCGUUUAAAGUACAUUUAGUCUGCUCAUGUGUUUGUUUAUCUUCAUGAUGUGGCUUUUACCAAUUUAUAAGCGUAUGUCGGUUCAAUUAGCUCUGUAUUAUUAGUAGAUGUAAUUUUUGUGAUUGUGUGAGUUAACAGAAUAGUGGGAGAAAAUAGUGGUAGAUCAGCAAAACAUCCCAUCUGCCUCACAAAAAG